AUGCCUCCCAAGGUUUCGUUUAUGCCGUCGCCCCGUCUCAAGAGAUCACUCAGCAAAACUAGUCUCGGUGGAGGUCCCACCGCGUCGCCAAAGAAGACAUGUCUAGAACGGGCACCAGCACUGCCGAACCGAAGCGACAUCAUGAACAGAACCUUCGUUACGAGCCGGAUCAAUUCGCUGAACAAAACUUUCAUCACGAGCAGGAGAGAGACUCCUGACAGCACCAGCAACAUUGGCACCACGCUGAAGAAACUUCCAUCUUCGGUGAAAACUUCGACGCCCACAACAAUCCUCCCGAGUUGCGAACGACAAAGCUCGUCUGACAGGAUCUCUCUCGGUGUUCGUCCGGCAUUGACGACUCGUUUGAGCAAAGAUCUUUAUCCUUCGUCCAAAGAAGUUUGUGAUAGGUUGGAGCUGCUGGAGAAGAAAUUGGAGACCCACAUCCAGUCAUCUGAAGCAGUCGUGGAAAGUUUGAACAGAGAUAAUCAGCAGACGGCUAAGGAAAGCAUUCGCCUAAGCGAGAGGAUCGCUCGACUGGAAAAAAUCUAUCAUUCCGAAUCGUUGGUGGCGGUAGAUGACCUCCGCACUCGGAAAGACCUGGAUCAAACGAAGACCCUUCUCGACACGAAGAACCUGGAACUCGAAACGCUUCGCAUCAGUUACGAGAGGCUCAAUGAAGACCAUUUGGCGUUGAGGAGACUGAUGGACGUCAAAGAAGCAGAAAACCGAAUGCUCGAGGAUCUCCUGGAAAUAGAGAGAGAGAAAUCGAGGAAGUUUGAGGAAGAGCUGGAUUUCGCUACUCAGGAAAACGAGAUAAUCAAAAGAAAAAUGCUCGAAUACGAAUCACGCACCAUGGCGCUCCAUAACGAGGUCUUGGAAUUGAAAGGGAACAUCCGGGUAUUCGUCAGGGUACGACCGCUGCCGCACGGCGAAGUGAAAGCCUGUCUCUCCGUGAACACUCCGACUUCCCUCACGGUGACGAAAAUGAGUUCCAAGGACGGGUCGAUAGCUACAACACCGUAUCGCUUCGACCGGGUUCUGGAUACGACGGUGACACAGAAGGAGGUCUUUGACGAAGUUCGUCAGCUGAUCGUGUCCGCCCUAGACGGAUUUAACGUCUGUGUCAUCGCGUACGGACAGACGGGAUCGGGCAAAACUUACACCAUGGAGGGUCCGCUGGGAUCGAAUCCGGACGACAUGAGUGACGAUCGCAUCGGGGUCAUUCCGAGAGCUUUCUGUGAGAUCUUCAACCUGAUCCACGAUCGUCGAGACCAGGACUGGGUCUACAGCGUUCAAGUUUCGAUGCUCGAGAUCUACAAUGAAACGAUUUUGGAUCUCUUGAAUAGACACACUGAGUGCAACAUCAGGAUCGCUGCAUCGGAUUCGAACCGUACGGAGAUUCUUCAUUUGGAGAAUGUGUCAUCCGUUUCCGUGGCCGACAAGGGCUACGCCGCGAGACUCUUCGAGAAAGCUCGAUCUCAAAGAAAGGUGGGAACAACAAAGUGUAACGGACGCUCUUCUCGUUCUCAUUGUGUGCUCCGAGUUCACGUACGGGCGAAGAACAACUCCACCGGAGCAGAGCGGGAGAGCGUCCUGAAUUUGGUAGAUCUCGCUGGAUCAGAGCGAGUCAAACAAUCCGAGGUUGAAGGGAUUCGGCUCACUGAGACCCGCAAAAUCAAUUCUUCCCUGACUCAACUGCUCACCGUUAUCAUGAGCCUCGGCAAUAAGGCAGCUCACAUUCCGUACCGAAACUCAAAACUGACGCAUCUCUUGUCCACGUCGCUGGGAAAAAACUCCAAGGCCUUGAUGAUUGUGCAUGUAUCGCCUGCCCAAAUCGACGUAAAUGAAACAAUAAAUUCUCUAAGGUUUGCGCAAAAAGUCAAUGAUGUCCAUAUUGGACCUCGGGCUGAUAGCACCAAAGAGAAACCCAAUUGAGCGUAGUGUCGCCAAGAAUCUCCUCGACGUGGAUCUUUCGUCAUGCUCCCAGCUGUUUGUCGCUCGGGAUAGCGAUCCCUGAAUAUUCCUCGGACUCCGAGCCCUUACCAAG